AUGGAUGAACCUCAUCCAGAGCUCGGAGAGACUGGCAAGAAUAUUGCACCAGCAGAAGAAAUUGUCGAAGAGCCUGAUAUCGAACUAGCCACGAAUCCACCAGUAGUGCAACAAGAAGAAGCCGGUAGGGCUACAACAGGAUCUGAACAACGUUACCCAACUAGAUCACACCAACCACCCGAGAGGUGGGGUCUUAACUGUUUGAUCAAUCUGAAAACUGUUUAAGAAAACUACAUAGAGAACUGCUUUAUUACUUACUGUUAUGGUUAGCAUAAUUGUUCGAACACGAUAGUGAACUCAUGAACAAUAAUUUAUGAUACAUUCCUUAAUAAGAGAGAUGGUGUUAGAUGUAUAGAUAUAGACGGACAGCGGUCAUACGCACGGACAUGCGCAUUAGAGAUGUAGAUCAGCCAUGCUUAUGUAUUAUUCAUAUUCUGUUAAAAGUAUAAUCUAAAUACACGACACGUUAUAUACUAGAAGAUUGCGCAAAGUAACAUCGUAAAGCUUUUUCGUGAGUAAUCGUGCAUGCUUUCUAAUAAUAUCAAUUGUCUAUUCAUAAUUAAUGUAUACUGUAUGAGAUGUCAAUAUAUCUCAAUAUGGUACAUUUUAUAUAUAGUCACAUAUAUAGUUACGUCAAAAUUUUGUUAAUAUAUGGUGCAUUAGCCACAGGACAUCUUAGGAUUAUAGGAUUGUUUCAUAAGCUGAGUUAAAGUUAAUAAAAUUUCUUUACAGAUUGUAUGCAUUUUUUCAUUUAGCAUACAUUAAAUGUGGGCACAGUAUUUACCUCAGCAAUUUUGUAUCCAUUUCAUAUAUUUUGUACCCAUUUCAUUAUUCUGUUUUCAUUAUAAACAAUGGUGGCUUUCUGACAGUUGAUUGUGGUAGAGAAGAGACUGCAAUCUGAACAUUCUUUGUCAUAUCAUCAAAUAUAAACAAAGUGACUAUACAGUCAGCCGGCAGCUGGGUAUUUAGUAAACUACCGGCUAUAUAGUGACUAUAGUUAAAUAUAAAAAAACCUUUUGUUUGUGCUAGCUUUUACCGAGCUUGCCGUUAGAGUCUACGGUAUAGGUGCUGCGUGCGGAAAGGUGAAACGCAGUCCGGGUCAGGUUGUGUUUUGUGUGACUUAGCUUUUUUUUAGUCACUAUAGCACUAUAUAGCCACCCGUUUACUAAAUAGCACUUCGAAAUAUAAAUCAUAGCAACCAUAGAAUUCCUUUGCGCAGAUAUAUGUACGCCUAGCGUACCUAGUUUUUAAUCUAAUUCUUAUGCCAAAAUUAAGUUAAUAAAAAGUCAAAGCAGUGCACUCAAUAUACGACAUAUACCAAAGUUAUAGUCAACGAAUUCAAUCAAUUUUUUUACAUCUGUAGGCGGGAAGGCGACCCAAGCCUCCGCUGAACUUGCUCAGCUGCAUAGGUUGUCCGAUAUCCGUCUUAUAAGCACUAUCCCUCCACUGCCUGAUUCAGAUUUAUUCACAUUUCAAGAAGUUUCCUGUCUCGAAGUACGUGAGAACAUUAUGGCAAUGCCGCCUAGUAAAGCUCCCGGGUAUGACAAGGUGCCACUCUCAGUUGUGAAAGAUUGUCUUACACAUAUUUUACCAAUUUUGACGGACCUGAUUAAUUCCUCGUUUACUAAUUCUCUAUUCCCGCGUGCCUGGAAAAAGGCGGAGGUCAUCCCUCAGCCCAAAGUUAGAGACCAAGAGGUAGCAGAUAAUUACCGUCCUAUCUCGCUUUUCCCUGUUCUCUCUAAGGUUGCAGAGAAGAUUGCUCUCGGCCAAUUUAACAACUACCUGACACGAAAUAACAGAUUGACACGACAUCAAAGUGGUAAUCGGAAAUUCCACUCGACUGAGACAUAA